CAUAGAAGGCGGAGAAAAACACGGAAAUGACUCGGAGAAGAAACAGACGAACGUAAUAUGAGCUAGCCUACGAGGAAUUCGGUCGACUCUGAAUGGUUUUUUAUCAAAUUAAAAAACGUGUAAAUCUGUUUGUGGGCAAAUAAAACAGUAUUCGGCAUUUAUGGUCCACGUUAUCGGUUGAGGUUCAUUCACAAACACUUUUCCGCCGGAAGGAAAAGUUUUGGAAGGCCAAACGUUGAACGCUUUUUUGUUUGUUUAAAAGACAAAUACGUAUUUUUGGCCAAUGUCGACCAUGUUUUCACUGUUUUAGUCAAUAUAUAUUAUAGCUGCACGUAUACGAAGCUUUUUGUGUGAACGAAAGGCAGCGCAAGCGGUAAAGAAAAACGAGACAAAAUGAUGCCGAUGUUCCUAACCGUGUACCUAAGUAACAAUGACCAGCAUUUCACAGAGGUGCCCAUCACCCCUGAGACAGUGUGUCGUGAUGUCAUAGAGCUGUGCAAGGAACCCGGCCAGGUCAAUUGUCAUCUUACUGAAUUGUGGCGAGGCUCAGAACGAACGAUAAGUGAGACUGAGAAGAUGUUGGAUCUGUUGCUGCAGUGGGGACAGGCGAGGUCUGAUGUGGGAUUCUUUCUGCGCAAUGAUAGAACACCCAGUUCACAGUCAGAUUCCAGAAGCUGGAAUCAGAAAAGGAACGUUGUGACGAAACCUGUAGACAAGCAUACAGAGAAUGGGGUGAGAAGCAGCAGCCCAUGGAUGGACAUGACUGUGGCAGAGCUCCAAGAGAUGGCUGCCAGACAACAGCAGCAGAUCGACAAACAGCAGCAAGUCUUAUCCUCUAAGGAGCAGCGUUUGCAUCUCCUGAAGCAACAGGAGCACAGGCCCCAGCAAGCGUCCUCCGAGCAGGAGAAACUUCAAUGUCUGAAAGACAAAAUGGAGAAACAGGAGGCACAGCUGAAAGCAGUCCGUGCUCUGAAGUCACAGGUUGAACAGAAACGCCUCAGCAAUGGAAAGCUCGUGGAAGAGAUCGGGAAGAUGAACAGUCUGCUCCUUCAGAAACAGAGAGAGUUGGUGGUAGCUGUGUCUAAAGCAGAAGAACUGAGCAAACAGCUAGAGACAGUAAAAAAUGGACAGACGGACAUGCUUCAUAACAAUCGGAGCUCUGUGGGCGAGCUGGACAGGCUCUACAGGGAGCUACAGAUGAGAAAAUGUAUGAACCAGGAUCAGAAUUCUUCAUUGCAGCAGCAGAGAGAAAACCUUAAUAAACGGAACCAAGAGGUGGCUGCCAUGGGAAAACGAGUGAAUGAAUUGCGGGAUCGCUUGUGGAAGAAGAAGGCAGCCUUACAACAGAAGGAAAACCUUCCUGUGCCUUUAGACAACCAGAUGGCUCAACAAACUGGACUGUCUCGUGUGGCUGCAGUGGGUCCAUAUAUCCAGUCUUCGACGAUGCCCAAGGGUUCAGGUAAACAGGACCCAUUGAUUAAAACCUUGUACCCAGAAGGCUCAGCAGCUGCACCACUUCAAGGCAGGAGCUCUCCUCCAGUUACAGGUCUGCCUGUAGCCAAGGAGUCAUCAAAGUUGCCUGCUACAAAGCCUGGCAUCAUUCACGGCUCAUUUACUCUUCCUCGCAUGGUGAGCCAGACUGGUACUGAGAACAAAGGUGACCGAGGUGCAUCGAAACCAGACCGGAGGGCGCGCCCCGUCUCUAUGUUUGAGUCCACUGAGCCACCCGCAGCUUCACUGCAUAAGAACCAGAGCAGCGAAGACCUUGUGAGAGAUGCUCAGAGUGCUGUCAAGAACACAGUUAAGGUUCCUCCUCCAGUUCCAAGUAAGCCUAAACAGGCAGUUUUGUCUGGGAGCCUCCCUGGGAAGAGUGCAUCAUCUGCUCAGCACACUGCCUCUCUGUCUGGUCUUCCUCAAGGGAACACUUCACUACUUCCCUGCAUACAAGAUGCUCCACCCGCUGCCACUGUACACCCGUUCAGCCCCGACUCUUCUGGAGCCAAAGACUUACGCAAGCCUCAAACGCUGACUGCCAGCUCCAUCUACUCCAUGUACACCCAGCAGCCCACAGUUGUACAGAGAGCGUUAAACCGAUCCCAAAACCCCAACAACUUCAUCAGUGUUUAUGGAAAGCCAGUAAUUCCCACAGGCCAGGAGUCUCAAAACCAGCACCCUUAUAACCCGUACCUGGACAUUUCUGGUGGCCUGGAAACAGUCCAAAAUACCAGUUCAUCAGAGAACCAAGAGACAGAACGCAUUCCUAGGCCUCUAAGUCCUACCAAACUGCUGCCCUUCAUCUCGAACCCCUACCGUCACCAAAGCGACGUGGAUUUGGAGGCUCUUAGGAAGAAACUCUUCAAUGCUCCAAGGCCGCUGAAGAAACGUAGCUCCAUCACAGAGCCAGAGGGCCCAGGUGGCCCCAAUAUCCAGAAGCUCUUGUACCAGAAGGCCACUCUGGCUGCAAUGGAGACCACGGUGAGUCCGUCUCGAGAAGAGGAGAAAGAGACGACGACAGAACCUCCCAGAUCCGAUGAAGUUUCGCUUGGAAGGUCAGAUCAGCCGCUUCAUGAGCCGUCGGUGUCUGUGGGCACACUAGAAACUAAAGACGAGGACAGUUUUCCUCCGCCCCCUUCACAUCCAGCUCCACGGCCGGACAUUUCAGUGUUGCCUCUACCUCCGCAGCCACCUGUCCCUCCUCCACCACCACUCCCAGAGAGCUUGCUUGAGGAGUUUCCUCCGUAUCCACCACCUCCUUAUCCCAGUGGUGCCGAGCAUGAGACUCUAGAAGACCAUUUGAGCCUGAAGCCACCUGAAGUCACCGGCCAGGUGCCCUUGCCCCCUGGUAAAAGAACAAACCUACGGAAAUCUGGAUCGGAGCGCAUCGACCAUGACAUGCGAGUGAAAUUCAAUCCUCUGUCGUUGUUACUGGACUCAUCUCUGGAGGGAGAGUUUGAUCUAGUGCAGAGGGUCAUAUACCAAGUUGAAGAUCCAAGUCAGCCGAAUGAUGAGGGUAUCACAGCGCUGCAUAAUGCCGUAUGUGCAGGCCAUACAGACAUUGUUAAAUUCCUGGUGCAGUAUGGAGCCAAUGUGAAUGCAGCGGACAGCGACGGCUGGACCCCUCUGCACUGUGCAGCGUCCUGUAAUAAUGUACAGGUGUGUAAGUUUCUGGUGGAGUCUGGAGCGGCCGUUUUUGCUAUGACCCACAGUGACAUGCAGACAGCAGCUGAUAAAUGUGAAGAGAUGGAGGAUGGUUACAGCCAGUGCUCUCAAUUCCUCUAUGGUGUUCAGGAAAAGAUGGGCAUUAUGAACAGAGGGGUGGUGUAUGGUCUCUGGGAUUAUGAGAGUGAUCAUAACGACGAGCUGCCGUUCAGAGAGGGCGAUUGCAUGACUGUGAUCCGCAGGGAAGACGCGGAUGAGACCGAGUGGUGGUGGGCACGUGUGGGCGACACAGAAGGUUACAUACCGAGAAAUCUGCUUGGGUUGUAUCCAAGAAUUAGGCCCCGUCAUAGGAGUCUGGCUUGAGUGAGGUCAAGGAAACAUCCUGGACUGCACGAGUAGAUGAACAAAUCAGUGUAGAGCGAAAGUGAACCUUCUCUUGAAGUGGUGCAGUACAGACACUUUGGCUUUAAAAGUUUCUUUUUCACAUAUUUGUUCAUAUUGUGGUCUGUCGCUGUGCUUGCUUUAUCCCUUUUUAGGUAUUUCUGAAUACAGUUGAAAUAUGUUCUGACCUUUUCCUUUUCAAUCUGUACUCUUGGUUUGAUCUGUUAUUUAUAACAGCCAGUCAUUGUAAGUCAGUAGAUUGUGUUGGGGAGUCUGGGGAUCAUGUUGUUACGCACCCAUAUUUUACACGUAACUUUGCAGGCCAAUUAGUGUAUUUGUCAUUUAUUUUUAUACUCUGAUAAUCACGGUUAUCUAAAGCUAAGGGUUUUGUGAUAUUAUACUGAACCAUUGAUCAUUAACAUUCCUUUAUCAUAUCAUCACUGUCAGACCUUGUAUGUCUGUUAGUAAAUUUAAAAAAAUGUAGCAUUUUUAAAGUGACAGUGUUACUUAUAUUAAAUACAUGUAUGCAAAACCCACAGACAAUGUAUUUUGAUUUUGUAUGUCUGAAUUAAGUGACAAACACAAAUCAUUCUGAUUAAACUAUGAAAAAUCUCUGUAAAGCCGUUUGAUCUGUGAUUCAC